GAUCAGCUUCUGUGGGGUCGGACGGCCGCGCUGCAGCUGAAGGAUACGGGAAUCCUUGUCCGGCUCAGUAUUGGGACAAGGAGCCCGGGGGGUCCGGACACUCCUAUCUUAGGAGCCAGGCACGGCUAAAGCUUUGGGUGAUAUUUCCAAGAUGGAGUCGACAUUAACUGCAACAGAAAUCCGGAGGCGGUUUAUUGAUUUCUUCCAGAGAAACCAGCAUACCUAUGUCCACUCAUCUGCCACAAUUCCAUUGGAUGAUCCUACUCUUCUUUUUGCCAACGCCGGCAUGAACCAGUUCAAACCCAUCUUCCUCAACACAAUUGAUCCGUCUCACCCUUUGGCCAAGUUGAACAGAGCUGCCAAUACGCAGAAGUGUAUCCGUGCAGGGGGCAAGCACAAUGACCUGGAUGACGUGGGGAAGGACGUUUAUCACCACACCUUCUUUGAGAUGUUGGGCUCCUGGUCUUUUGGGGAUUAUUUUAAGGAACUUGCUUGUAAGAUGGCCUUGGAGCUUCUUACCCAAGAGUUUGGCAUCCCCAUAGACAGACUGUAUGUCACCUACUUUGGGGGAAAUGAAGCGGCUGGUUUAGAACCGGACUUAGAAUGCAAGCAGAUCUGGCAGAAUUUGGGGCUGGAUGACAGCAAGAUUCUUCCUGGAAACAUGAAGGAUAACUUCUGGGAAAUGGGUGAUACAGGCCCAUGUGGACCCUGUAGUGAAAUCCACUAUGACCGGAUUGGUGGCCGAGAUGCCGCACACCUCGUCAAUCAGGAUGACCCUAAUGUGCUAGAGAUUUGGAAUCUGGUGUUUAUACAAUUCAACAGGGAAACUGAUGGCAGCCUGAAACCUCUUCCCAAGAAAAGCAUUGAUACAGGAAUGGGCCUGGAGCGCCUAGUGUCCGUAUUACAGAACAAGAUGUCCAACUAUGAUACAGACCUGUUCGUCCCUUACUUUGAAGCCAUUCAGAAGGGUACUGGUGCUCGGCCAUACACAGGCCUUGUUGGUGCUGAUGAUGUGGAUGGAAUAGAUAUGGCAUACCGUGUGCUGGCUGACCAUGCACGUACCAUCACAGUGGCCCUGGCAGAUGGGGGCAGGCCUGACAACACAGGCCGAGGGUAUGUGCUGAGGCGGAUUCUCCGGCGGGCAGUUCGAUAUUCCCAUGAGAAGCUCAAUGCCAAAAGGGGUUUCUUCGCCACACUCGUGGAUGUGGUUGUCCAGUCAUUGGGUGAGGCAUUUCCUGAGCUAAAGAAGGACCCGGACAUGGUGAAGGACAUCAUUAAUGAAGAAGAGGGACAGUUUUUGAAGACCCUGAGCAGAGGGAGGCGCAUCCUGGACAGGAAGAUACAGAGUCUGGGAGAUUGCAAGACAAUCCCAGGUGACACAGCAUGGCUACUCUAUGACACGUACGGCUUCCCAGUGGAUCUCACUGGGCUCAUUGCAGAGGAGAAGGGCCUGCUUGUGGAUAUGGACGGCUUUGAGGAGGAGAGAAAACUGGCCCAGCUAAAGUCCCAGGGCAGGGGAGCUGGAGGGGAAGAUCACAUCAUGUUGGACAUUUAUGCCAUUGAAGAGCUUCGAGUCAAGGGUCUGGAGGUCACAGAUGACUCGCCCAAGUAUAAUUAUCGGUCAGACUCCAGCGGUACUUACGAGUUUGAAAAUCCAGUGGCCACUGUGAAGGCGCUGCGCAGGGAGAAGAUGUUUGUGGAUGAAGUGUCCACAGGCCAGGAGUGUGGUGUGGUGCUAGAUAAGACGUGUUUCUAUGCAGAGCAAGGCGGGCAGAUCUAUGACGAGGGCUUCCUAGUGAAGGAGGAUGACAGCAGCGAGGAUAAAACUGAGUUCACAGUCAAAGAUGUUCAAGUUCGAGGGGGAUACGUGCUCCACAUAGGAACAGUCUAUGGGAACCUGAGAGUGGGAGAUCGAGUCCGGCUGUUCAUCGAUGAGCCUCGACGAAGGCCUGUCAUGAGCAACCACACCGCCACACACAUCUUGAACUUCGCCUUGCGCUCUGUGCUGGGGGAGGCCGACCAGAGGGGCUCCUUGGUUGCACCAGACCGGCUGCGCUUUGAUUUCACCGCCAAGGGAGCGCUAUCCACUCAGCAGAUCAAGGAGACAGAAAAGAUCGCCAACGGCAUGAUCGAGGCUGCCAAGCCUGUGUAUGCCCAGGAUUGCCCCCUGGCAGCUGCCAAAGCCAUCCAGGGGUUGCGGGCUGUUUUUGACGAAACCUAUCCCGACCCCGUGCGUGUCAUCUCCAUUGGUGUUCCCGUGGCCAAGCUGCUGGAUGACCCUUCAGGCCCUGCUGGCUCCCUCACUUCAGUGGAGUUCUGUGGGGGAACGCACUUGCAGAAUUCAAGUCAUGCCGGAGCUUUGGUGAUUGUGACUGAGGAAGCCAUUGCCAAGGGUAUCCGGAGGAUCGUAGCCGUUACUGGCACUGAGGCUCAGAAGGCACUCAGGAAAGCAGACAGCUUGAAGACAGCUCUGUCUGAGUUGGAAGCUAAAGUGAAAGCCCAGACGGCUCCAAGCAAGGACAUCCAGAGGGAAAUUUCUGACUUUGGUGAGGUGCUGGCCACAACAGUUGUUCCCCAGUGGCAGAAGGAUGAACUGAGAGAGAAUCUCAAAGCACUAAAGAAGGUCAUGGAUGAUCUUGACCGGGCCAGCAAAGCAGAUGUGCAGAAAAGGGUGCUGGAGAGAACCAAACAACUUAUCGAAAGUCAGCCCAAUCAGCCCCUGGUCAUUAUGGAGAUGGAGACUGGUGCUUCAGCCAAGGCCCUGAAUGAAGCGCUGAAGCUUUUCAAGACGCAUUCCCCCGAGACCUCUGCUAUGCUCUUCACUGUGGAUAACGACGCUAACAAGAUCAUUUGCUUGUGUCAAGUCCCUCAGAAUGCGGCCAACAAGGGCCUGAAGGCCAGUGAGUGGGUGCAGCAGGUGUCAGGAUUGAUGGAUGGCAAGGGGGGUGGCAAAGAUGUGUCAGCCCAGGCCACUGGCAAGAAUGUGGGCUGCCUGCAGGAGGCCCUGAGACUCGCCACAUCCUUCGCCCACCUUCGGCUGGGAGACCUGAAGAACUGAGAGCAAGCACAGUCUGGGCGGCUGCUCAGUCGCCUGUCUGCCGAGGGUGUCUCUGCCAUUCUACCCUAACAAGAACCGUAGCAUAAUUCAUGAGUUACCAGGCCCUGGGCCCUGCACUGCAGCACACCUGCCUGGAACCACUCACUACUCCACCCAGGAGCCUGGGCUCUGUUGCUGCUAUCCCCUGUGCCGCACCCAACUGCCACCAUCCAUGAUUCGCGCCACCGAGUGUCGGCCCCUUGGGCCCUUCCUCUGGGAUAGACGUGGAAAGGGCUGUCCCAGAAUAAAGAACCAUGUGCGAUGAA